AGAAACGAGAGAGAAAGAUGUGGCAUUCAAAGUGUUAUACUGUGGGAUAUGCCAUUCUGACCUUCACAUGGUGAAGAACGAAUGGGGGAUUACUACCUAUCCCUUAGUUCCCGGGCAUGAGAUUGUUGGAGUAGUGACAGAGGUAGGAAGUAGAGUGCAAAAAUACAAAGUUGGAGACAAGGUAGGUGUUGGGUGCCUGGUGGGAUCUUGCCAAUCUUGUGAUAAGUGUGCAGACAAUCUUGAGAACUACUGCCCCAGACUUAUACUCACCUAUGGUGCCAAGUACCACGACGGAACCACCACAUAUGGAGGUUACUCCGACAUCAUGGUGGCCGAUGAGCACUUCGUGAUUCGUAUUCCGGAUAACCUGCCUCUUGAGGGUGCUGCUCCUCUCCUUUGUGCCGGGAUUACAACCUACAGCCCCUUGAGAUAUUAUGGCCUCGACAAACCUGGCAUGCAUGUCGGUGUGGUUGGCCUUGGUGGUCUAGGCCAUGUGGCAGUGAAGUUUGCCAAGGCUAUGGGGGUUAGGGUUACAGUGAUUAGUACCUCCCCUAGUAAGAAGGAGGAAGCUAUUAAACGUCUCAAAGCCGAUUCAUUUUUGGUCAGCCGCGAACAAGAUCAGAUGCUGGCGGCCUGGGGCACAAUGGAUGGUAUAAUCGACACGGUUUCUGCAGUUCACCCUAUCUUGCCUUUGAUUCGUUUGUUGAAGACUAACGGAAAACUUGUGGUGCUUGGUGCACCAGAGAAGCCCCAUGAGCUUCCUGUUUUUCCUUUGCUAAUGGGUAAAGCGCAUAUAAAUGGC